UUCCGUAGAGAUGACAACCUACAGUGGCUAGUUGUGAGCUAAAGCUAACUACACAACACUGUAGAGAACGAGUUGCUCUACUGAACAAACCAAGUCUUUCUUUAGAAGUGAUAACUUUUGUCUGUCUUUUUGGAGUCGGUCGUUGAAACGGGAUCUUAACAAACAGGCGGAGUGAAGUGGUGAAGUCGUUUUUUGUGUGUAUUUUAGGUCUGUGUGUCACUGCAGUCCUCAGCCCUCUCCUCAGUCUCCUGGGUGUGGAUGAUCCCGGCUCUGUGCCAGUCCUCUGUAGAUGAAGAUGUCACUGGCUCAGCGUGUCCUCCUCUCCUGGAUCUUCGCUCUAAUAUUCCUCAUCAUGCUGGUCCUUAAGCUGGACUCUAAGAUCCAAUGGAACUGGUUUCUCAUCUUCCUCCCAGUCUGGACUUUUGACACCAUCCUCAUCCUCAUGCUGGUGGUGAAGAUGGCAGGUCGCUGCAAGCCAGACUUUGACCCCAGGGAUGGGGAGCAGAGCCUGAAGCGCAGGUUGUGGUACCUGAUGGCCCUGCUCCUGAAGCUGGCCUUCUGUCUGACUCUGUGCUCCCGCCUGCAGGGCCUCACCGAUAUGUGGGUCAGUGUGGUGUGUGUCCCUCUGUGGGUGCUUCUGGGUGGGGCACUGGUGGAGCUGGGACACAGUGUUUUCCACUACAGGAGGGACUAAAUAGGACUAAUACCUGCUUUUAAAGUGAACACAAGAGUCAAAAACUGUUAUUAUGUUGGGAAGCAUCCAUCUGAUCUGAUCUGGUGCCGUGGAUUAGUAUCAUUGCCAUGUCUGACUUUAUUAAACACAUCACUUAUUGAUCUAAUGUAAUUUAUCCACACUAAAAACAGCCGUUUUGUCAGCAUUUAUGCAUUUCUUCAGUCAUGGAAGGUUGUGAUUUGAGGAACAGAUCUUAAAUGGGAGUGGGAAAGUGGAUCCAAAAUGGAUACAGGCAGAUAUAGGUCAGAAUGGCUACACAGAGGCAGAGGGUGAAUCCUUAGUUCUGGCAUCUCCAGAACCAGAUGAGUUGUUUUGGUUUUUACAUCACUUCUUUCUGCCUUGUCUUUAGGCAGCAGAAGGAAAAGAAAGGGUGAACCAGGGUCAAGAGGAGUCAGUUUUUAUUAUCUGAAGUACUGCUACAGUUGCUGGUUAUCUUCCUUUUUGAUUAACAUUUAGAUUUCCAAAACAUAAAGCACGUUUCACUGACUCAUCUAAAAGAUUAAAAAGAGAAAGUUCACCACAUGAACUUACUAGAUUAGUUGUUAAAUCACUAAUCUUAAGCAAUGAAUGUGCACCAGUUCCUACUGUAAAUGUUCUCCAACACUCACCAUUUCAUUCAUUUGCACUAGCAUUCACUGUGUGCCACUAAUUCAUUCAGUGUAUGUUUGUAAAAUUACUGAUGAAGAUGACAUUUUAAACAAAUCCCUGUUAAACAUUCCUGUCAAACCCUCAAAACUGAGUAUGAUUCACAAUGUGUUACACCUGUUUGCCAGACCGUCUUCUGCCACUGACAUAUUUUGAAUGUAAAAUCAAUGUGUUCUCUAUGUUUUUGUUUUUGUUUUUUUAAGUCCUGUGCUUUAUACAAAGAUGUAUUGUUAUGUUACUUGUAUGAUUUUUUGUUUUUAUCCAGAACUCAGAAUACAUUGAUGACUGUCACAUGUUCUGAAGAUACUGUAAUCUUCACUAAACAAAUGUGAUAAUCAGAUAAAAUAACAGAGACAGUCUUGCAUUUCUAAAAUUGUUACCUUUAGAAGAGCUGCCGUGAGAUGUUUUAGGCUACAUUCAAAC